GCACGCUCUCCUCUUCUUCUCCAAAGCAACCACACCUCCCUCCGUGUCUCAGUAGCCUCUACUCGCUCGUGCUUUGGGCGAUUCCAUUCCAUCCGAGGAGAGAAGAGGAGAGGAGGAGGCGGCGGAGGAGAAGUUUGGUAGGGAGAUCGAUGGGGCUGUCGUUCGGGACGCUGUUCGGGGCGCUGUUCGCCAAGAAGGAGAUGCGGAUCCUGAUGGUCGGCCUCGACGCCGCCGGGAAGACCACCAUCCUGUACAAGCUGAAGCUCGGCGAGAUCGUCACCACCAUCCCCACCAUCGGGUUCAACGUGGAGACAGUAGAGUAUAAGAACAUCAGCUUCACUGUUUGGGAUGUUGGUGGCCAGGACAAGAUAAGGCCUUUGUGGAGGCACUACUUCCAGAACACUCAGGGCCUUAUCUUUGUUGUUGACAGCAACGACAGAGACCGUAUUGCUGAGGCAAGAGAUGAGCUCCACAGGAUGCUGAAUGAGGAUGAGCUGCGCAAUGCUGUAUUGCUUGUUUUUGCUAACAAGCAAGAUCUUCCCAAUGCCAUGAAUGCUGCUGAAAUAACAGAUAAGCUUGGUCUACACUCUCUGCGUCAGCGACACUGGUAUAUCCAGAGUGCUUGCGCCACAAGUGGAGAGGGUCUGUAUGAAGGGCUGGACUGGCUCUCCAACAACAUAGCCAGCAAGUCCUGAAGGCUUCCAAUGGAUUGGCAGGGCCGCAGAAGCAACUAGCGGCUGGACAAAUGACUGGAAUAUGUAGGCAUGUUAAAAUGCUGCCAGAGUGUUGACAUGUCUUUGUAAGCUCUAUCUUUGAGCAGUUAUCACACUGUUACUAUGUUGUAUCAAUGAUUGAAUGUACACACGAGGAAAACCUUUAUGCUAUAGUGAAAAUGAUGCCAUGUCAGGUGUCCCUGAGCCUGAUGAGUGAUGAUGAUCCUGCCCCGGUUUUGUGAACCGAAA